AGCGCCUGUUUGCUAACCGCCAGCAGCGAAAGAAGAAGUCAAGCGAAACAACGCCAGGCGGCUUCAAUGUUAAAUUAUACUAUUUUUGUUCAUUUUUUUGUGACUUUAAAGUUUACUAUAUACUGAGAUUUUUACAGAGUCUUAAUGGGUGCAUAUUUUUGCCCUAUAUGUAACCAGACAGCUUUCUGCGGGAAGAAGAAACACAUCUUCGGAAAAAAUCACCAAAGCAGACUCAGAGUCGUUCUUCUUAAAUUUACUGAAAAGGUCAAAGAAGCUCGACGAACCCUUAAAAAACCCCAAGUGGAGAAGUUUGAUUGUACUCAGCACAAGCAGAAGUUCUGGUGCUACUGCUGUGCUGUUGAAGUUGAAAGGGACGUCACAGACGACAACAUGACGGUGAUGCAUGGAGGCUUAUUGGAACACAUGGCCGCACGAGAACACAAGAACAACACCUUUAAGUUCUGGUGGGAUAAUAAAGCAGAUCCUAAGUUCAGAUACAGAGUCCUCAUCACUGAGGAGGAAACUGAAAGGUUUAAAGCUGAAGUGGCUAAGGUUUUGGAGUCCUUUGUUGAAAAGGAGGAUGAGUAUAUUAAACAGCAAGCUGAUGUUAUCCGGGCUCAGGAAAAGAACCGCCAGGAGGUCUUUCAGUCUCUUUUAGAGCCUAAUGAAGAGCAGGAGCUUUCAAACGGAACCAGCAGCUCCCAUCCAUCGGUUGAGGCUUCUGUCAGUUCUCAGUUUCAGUCUCAAAUAUCAGACCAGCAGAAGGGGAGCGGAUUGGACCGUAUGAUCGAUGCGCCCUGGACAAAACCUGACGGACAAAACCUGACGUUCAUAGGUUAUCAGGAUUCAUCAAGUAGUGGAAAUGUGCAUACAGGAGCUGUUCCACCUUGGCUCCAAGAUGAUCCACUAGAGGGAACGUCUGGAGCAGCGACACAGACCGAGAUCGGACCGUCACUCCAAGAUUUCCUCAAACAAAAGGAGCAAGAGAAACUAAGGAAGCUUCCUCCAAACAGAGUAGGAGCUAACUUCGAUCACAGCUCUCAUACAGACGCCAACUGGCUUCCCUCUUUUGGGAGAGUGUGGAACAGCGGCCGGCGCUGGCAGUCCAGGCACCAGUUCAGACAAGAAGAAGGGCAAAAGAAUAAACAAAAAAGGAAGCGGGAACAUGGCACAAACGGAUCAAAGAAAACAAAAACAACUGAACAUCAUUCUAGUUCUGAUAUUUAAAACUU